AUGGCUCCUCCAAUUUAUUUGCUGCUUUUGACCAUAGCAAUCCAAGCAUUUGCGGCAAGCGGGUGCUUCGAGACAGAGAGAAAUGCACUGCUUGCUUUCAAAGCAGAUCUAAUCGAUCCUCGCAACCGCUUAGCCUCGUGGAAAAGCCAAAACUGCUGUGCAUGGAAGGGAGUCGUUUGCAGCAAUACAACCGGUCACAUUUUGAAGCUCAACCUGCGAAACUCCUACGACAAUAUUUUUUAUUACCUUUAUGGUAAAAGACCGUCAGCUUUGGGUGGUAAGAUUAGUCCAUCUUUGCUUCUCUUAAAUCAUUUGGAGCACUUAGAUCUCAGCUUGAACAAUUUCAAUGGAAUUCGCAUCCCGACGUACUUUGGUUCUCUAAAAAAUUUGCGGUAUCUUAACCUCUCUCAGGCUAGUUUCAGUGGAAGGGUACCUCCUCAACUCGGAAAUCUCUCAAACCUUCAUUAUCUUGACAUAAGUUCUAUCGAUUAUGAUCCUUAUAAUAACGGAGUAGAUAACUUCUGGUGGCUUGCUCGUCUGACUUCUUUGCAUUAUUUGGAUAUAAGUUAUGUUGACAUGAGUUUUGCUACAGAUUGGUUACAAGCAAUAAACAUGCUGCCAUCGUUGAAAUAUCUAGAUAUGAGCAUGACUAAUCUUCCCAUAAUUCCCAUUUCCCUACCAUAUCUCAACAUUACAACUCUUGGAGUCCUCAAAAUUGCAAGUAACGGCAUCAACUCUACCUUGCCUAGAUGGCUAUGGAAUCUUACUAGCAUCACUCAUCUUGACCUUUCUUCCAAUGUGUUUCAUGGCUUUAUUCCUGAUGAAUUGAGUUGCCUAAAGUCCUUAAAUGUCCUUUCUUUAGGAUCUAACAAUUUCGAAGGCCUAUCACCAAAACCAUUUAGUAAACUUUGUAGCUUAAAUACUUUGGAUUUGACUGAAGUUGGUUUUAGUGGAGAAAUAAAUAAAUGGGUAGAGAGAUUGCCGAGCUGCAUGCAACAAAAUUUACAAAUUUUGAAUUUUCCAUAUAACAACUUAAGGGGUAAUUUAUCAGGUUGGCUGGAGAACAUGACUAGCCUAACUGAAAUAGACCUCUCUGGAAAUUCACUAAAUGGGACCAUCCCACUUGGGGUUUGGAGGUUUACUAACUUAACUAGAUUAUAUCUCCAAAGUAAUUUCUUCGAGGGCACUAUAACAGANGAAGUCCAACUUUCUCAGUUGCAGAGGCUAAAAUGGUUAGACCUUGCAGAUAACUCCUUUAACGUGCAAAUUAGUCAUGAUUGGAUUCCUCUUUUUCAGCUAAAAACACUUUACUUGGCUUCUUGCAAUUUGGGACCUAAAUUUCCUACUUGGCUUCAAGGACAGGCACAACUGGAAGUACUUAGCUUAUCAAAUAAUGGAAUUGUUGAUGCACUUCCCAACUGGCUUUGGAAUAUUUCCAGCUCCUUGAUUUAUGUACAUAUCUCUAAUAACCAAAUCAAAGGAAAAUUACCAUUGUCACUGGACCAUGUCAUGCUACAACAUUUAAAUUUGAGCUCAAACCAACUUGAAGGUCCAUUGCCAACUCUCCCACAAACUCUUUCUAUCGUGGAUUUGUCCAACAAUCUUUUUACGGGAUCGAUUCCGAACUCCACAUUCUUAAGUUUACAGUAUUUGCUUCUUUCUAAUAAUAGCUUCGGCGGCAAUGUGCCACUCUCUUUAUGUGAGUCAAUUUCACUGCAAGUUCUUGAUAUAUCAAACAACAAGCUAUCAGGAGAAAUUCCUUCUUCUUUGCAAUAUUGUACACAGUUAGUUAAUCUUAACCUUGGAUAUAAUAAUUUUUCUGGAACAAUACCUAAAUGGAUAGGAGAAAGCUUACCGUUUCUCAUGGUGCUCAGCUUGUGCUCAAACACAUUUUCAGGACAUAUUCCAGAUCAAAUUGGCAAGAUGCACGCAUUGGAGUCCCUUGAUGUAGCAAUGAACAAGCUUUCUGGGACUAUUCCACAAAGUCUUGCUACGUUGAAUUUUUUGAGCAGUUUAAAUGUGUCGUACAAUAAUCUGUCAGGAAAAAUUCCGUCAGGAAAUCAACUGCAGACUCUCGACGAUCCAUCUAUAUACAUCGGCAAUCCAUAUCUUUCUGCAGGAACGGAUGGCAACGGCGGCGGCGGCGGCGACAUCGCAGAGGUUGUCGGAGUUGCAGCCGACGAGGACAAGGUUGAGGCAUGCAACAGCAAGGCGGAAGGUGAAGCUUCAUCUUCGGCCGUAACCUAA